UUAUAACACGUCCUCAACUGAGAAUAUCACCGGAACUUCACAGUAAGAAAGCGGUGUGGCGGCGGCGCGUGGAGGCGCGUUGAAUACUAAGGGGAGAUGCCGGAACAUCCUGCCGUAGACUCAUUAGUCACCGACAAUACCGUAACUGUCAAACGUUAUGCUCCUCCCAAUCAGCGGAAUCGUUCACUCGGUAGGCGAAAAUCUGGAGGAGAUCGACUUGAACGAGCUAGCAGCUAUGCUAGUGAUGGAGAGAAGAACCAAAUGAGUGCCUCUAAGUCUGUAUCUACCGUAGCUGAUGCUGGUGGCAAUCGAGUGAAUGAGUAUCCUCCGACAAGGUUAAUACCACUCCAAGGAUGUUCUACAAGCGAAGCUUUUCAGCUACUGAAUGACCGCUGGGCGGCUGCUCUGACUGCUCACAAUAAUUUACCUGAAGAUUCUCCUGAAAGGCCAGUAAUGUACACAAAAAGAUCUCCCCAGGGGCAUGCUAUGCUUCCACAUCAAUUAAUGUCACAAGCAGGAGCUGGAUCUUCUACUGGGUUGCAAAAGGACUUUUUAAGCGAACUUCGGCUGGCAAUGCUCAAUGCAAAUGUCAUUUCUGAUUCGUAAUUAUUACCCAUCAAGUGCCCAAACUAAGUUUGGCAUUCAGAAUUAUUUGCAAUGCAAUGUUAGACACCUGUUUUAAGCCAUCAUCAAUCUGGAUAACCACUUGAUAUUUAAUCUGUUUGAGAAAGACAAA